AGCAGCCGAGGCCUGGGAUGGGAGAUGGGGACUCGCUGGGCCACCCCGGGCCGUGCAGCGGGGCUGCUCGUGCUGUUGCUGCGAUGCUUCGAGUUUGCGGAGCCUUCCGAGCUCUCAGGUAAUGAUCCGUUCACCAUCAUGGAUGAAAACACCGGCAAGUGCAUCCAGCCACUGUCCGACUGGAUAGUGGCGCAGGACUGCAGUGACACCGGAAGCUUGUUAUGGAAGUGGGUGUCCCAGCACCGCCUCUUUCACCUGGAAUCCCAAAAGUGCCUGGGCCUAGAUAUUACCAAAACCACCGACAACCUGCGCAUGUUCCGCUGUGACUCCAGUGCCAUGCUGUGGUGGAAAUGUGAGCACUAUUCCCUGUACAGUGCUGCCCAGUACAGGCUGGCCCUGAAAGACGGCUAUGCCACAGCGAGCACCAAUUCAUCCGCUGUCUGGAAGAAGGGAGGCUCCAGGGAGAGCCUUUGUGAGCAGCCUUACCGUGAGAUAUAUACCAGAGACGGGAACUCCCACGGGAGACCUUGUGAGUUUCCAUUCUUGGUUGGUGAGACAUGGCACCAUGACUGCAUUCUUGAUGGAGACCAUAAUGGGCCCUGGUGUGCCACUACCCUAAAUUAUGAGUAUGAUCAAAAGUGGGGCAUCUGCUUAAAAGCAGAAAAUGGCUGCGAGGGUAACUGGGAAAAGAAUGAGCAGACUGGAAGUUGCUACCAGUUUAAUAAUCAGGAGGUUCUUUCUUGGAAAGAAGCUUACGUCUCCUGUCAGAACCAAGGAGCUGACUUGCUGAGCAUCCACAGCGCUGCUGAACUGGCGUAUAUUACGGGAAAGGAAGACAUUGCUAGAAUUGUUUGGAUCGGACUGAAUCAGCUCUAUUCUGCUAGAGGCUGGGAAUGGUCAGACUUCAAGCCAUUAAAAUUUCUUAGCUGGGAUCCAGGCACGCCCAUUGCGCCUAUGAUUGGCGGGUCCAGCUGCGCGAGAAUGGACACGGAGUCGGGGCUGUGGCGAAGUGUUUCCUGCGAAACCCAGCAGCCCUACGUCUGCAAGAAGCCUUUGAACAAGACGGUGGCGCUCCCAGAUGUUUGGACAUAUUCGGAUACCCGCUGUGAUGCGGGCUGGCUGCCAAAUAAUGGAUUUUGCUAUCUCCUGGCAAAUGAAAGUGGCACCUGGGAUGCAGCCCAUUCCAAAUGCAGCGCCUUCGGCGGUGACCUCAUCAGCAUUCACUCCUUAGCGGACGUCGAGGUGGUUGUCACAAAACUCCAUAGUGACGAUGUCAAAGAAGAAAUAUGGACAGGCCUUAAGAACAUAAAGAGCCCCACUUUGUUCCAGUGGUCAGAUGGUACGGAAGUUACUCUGACGUACUGGAAUGGGAAUGAGCCUAGUGUUCCCUACAAUAAGACUCCCAACUGUGUUUCCUAUUUAGGAAAGUUAGGUCAGUGGAAAGUCCAGUCCUGUGAAAAGAAGCUCAGAUAUGUGUGCAAGAAAAAGGGAGAACUAACUAAUGACACGCGGUCUGACAGGCUGUGUCCUCCAGAGGAGGGCUGGAAGAGACAUGGAGAAAACUGUUACAAAAUCUACGGGGACGAGGUCCCUUUCGGAACGAACUGCAACCUGACCAUCACCAGCAGAUUUGAGCAGGAAUACUUGAAUGACAUGAUGAAGAAGUACGACAAGUCCCUUCAGAAGUACUUCUGGACCGGCCUGAGAGACGCCAAUUCCCGGGGGGAAUACAGCUGGGCUGUCACUGGUGGACUAAAGCAGGCUAUGACUUUUUCCAACUGGAAUUUUCUCGAACCCGCCUCUCCAGGCGGGUGUGUGGCCAUGUCUACCGGAAAGACUCUUGGCAAGUGGGAAGUGAAAGACUGCAGAAGCUUCCGGGCCCUUUCAAUAUGCAAGAAAACAAGUGGCCCCCAGGAGCCCGAGGAGGCAGCCCCAAAGCCUGAUGAGCCCUGUCCUCAAGGCUGGCAGACUUUCCCCUCCAAUCUCUCCUGUUUUAAGGUGUUCCAUAUAGAAAGAAUUACAAGAAAGAGGACCUGGGAAGAAGCUGAAAGAUUCUGCCAAGCACUUGGAGCACACCUACCCAGCUUCAGUCAUCUGGAUGAAGUGAAGGACUUUGUUCAUUUGCUACAGGACCAGUUCAGUGGGCAGCGCUGGUUGUGGAUUGGUCUGAAUAAAAGAAGCCCUGACUUACAAGGGUCCUGGCAGUGGAGUGAUCGGACACCAGUGUCUACUGUGAUCAUGCAUCAGGAGUUCCAGCAGGAUUAUGACAUCAGAGACUGUGCUGCCAUCAAGGUACUUGAAAGUCCUUGGCUAAGAAGCUGGUAUUUCUACGACGAGAGAAAAUUUGUUUAUUUGAAGCCUUUUGCCUGUGAUGCGCAGCUUGACUGGGUGUGCCAGAUUCCAAAAGGCAACACUCCCCAAAUACCAGACUGGUACAAUCCAGAGCGCGCUGGAAUUCACGGGCCGCCCGUUAUAAUCGAAAGAAGCGAAUACUGGUUUGUUCACGACCCCCACUUAAACUACGAAGAAGCUGUCCUGUACUGUGCCAGCAACCACAGCUAUCUUGCCACAAUAUCGUCUUUUGCAGAACUGAAAGCUAUCAGAACCAAAAUAGCAAAUAUAUCUGGCGAGGAGCAGAAGUGGUGGGUGAAAACGAGCGCGAACCCCAUGGACCGUUACUUCCUGAGAUCCCGACACUCGUGGCAUCGUUUUUCCAUACCUUUUGGAGAUGAAUGCUUGCGCAUCUCGGCCAAGAUGUGGUUUCUUGACUUAAGUAAACUAUCAGACUGUAAUGACAAGUUGCCGUUCGUCUGUGAAAAGCAUAAUGUGUCUUCAUUAGAGAAAUACAGUCCAGAUCCUGCGGCUAAAGUCCGGUGUACUGGGGAAUGGAUUCCGUUUCGGAAUAAGUGCUUUUUAAAAGUCAACUCUGCGCGGGUUCCGUUUUCUCAAGCAAGUAGCAUCUGCCAUACCUACGGUGGCACCCUUCCUUCUGUGCUGAGCAAGAGUGAACAAGAUUUUAUUACAUCCUUGCUUCCGGAAAUGGAAAGCAGUUUGUGGAUUGGUCUGCGCUGGACUGCCUACGACAGGAUCAACAAAUGGACAGAUGGCAGAGACCUGACCUACAGCAACUUUCACCCGCUGCUGGUCGGUCGGAGGCUGAGCAUCCCAGCAAGUUUCUUUGAUGACGAGUCUCACUACCACUGUGCCCUGAUUCUCAAUCUCAAAAAGUCGCCGUUCACUGGGACCUGGAAUUUUACUUCCUGCUCCGACCUCCAUUCUCUGUCUCUCUGUCAGAAGUACUCAGACGUUGAAGACGGACAGCCCUGGGAGACCAACUCAGAAACUGUAAAAUAUCUAAAUAACCUGUACAAAAUCAUCUCGAAGCCUAUGACUUGGCACGGCGCUCUGAAGGAGUGUCUAAAAGAGAACAUGCGGCUGGUGAGCAUCACAGACCCUUACCAACAGGCCUUCCUCUCCGUGCAGGCCACGCUGCGCAACAGCUCCUUCUGGAUUGGACUCUCCAGUCAAGAUGAUGAGCUCAACUUUGGCUGGUCAGAUGGGAAACAUCUUCAUUUUAGUAACUGGGCUGUCAACAAUGAGAAGCUUGAUGACUGUGUGAUCUUAGACUCGGAUGGGUUCUGGAAGACAGCUGACUGUGAUGCUAACCAACCCGGCGCCAUUUGCUACUACCCAGGAAAUGAGACGGAAAAGGAGGUCAAACCGUUCAGCAACGUUAAGUGUCCGUCUCCUGUGCAGAGCACGCCAUGGGUGCCGUUCCAGAACUCCUGUUACAACUUCAUGAUCACGAAGAAUAGACAUAAGACAAUCACGCCGAAGGAGGUACACGCCGUCUGCCAGACACUGCAUUCGAAAGCCCAGAUUCUGAGUAUUCGGAAUGAAGAGGAGAACGACUUUGUGGUUGAGCAGCUUCUGUACUUCAAUUAUAUGGCUUCCUGGGUCAUGCUAGGGAUAACCUAUGAAAACAACUCUUUGAUGUGGUUUGAUAAGACCGCAUUGUCGUAUGCACACUGGAGAGCCGGAAGACCAGCUGUGAAAAACCACCAAUUUUUGGCCGGUCUGAGUACUGAUGGCUUCUGGGAUAUUCAGUCCUUCAAUGUUAUCGAGGAAACGCUUCGUUUUUACCAACACAGUAUUUUUGCUUGUAAAAUUGAAAUGGUCGACUACAAGCAAGAGCACAAUAGUACCCUGCCAGAGUUCAUUAUGUAUGAGGAUGGCAUCUAUAAUGUUAUUCAGAAAAAGGUGACAUGGUACCAAGCGUUGAACAUGUGCUCUCAAAGUGGGGGGCACUUAGCAAGUGUUCACAACCUGAACGAGCAGCUCUUCCUGGAAGACAUUGUGAACCGUGAUGGAUUCCCUCUCUGGGUUGGGCUUUCGAGUCAUGAUGGAAGCGAAUCAAGCUUCGAAUGGGCCGAUGGCAGUGCCUUUGACUACAUCCCAUGGAAAACCCAAGGGUCUCCUGGAAACUGUCUCAUCCUAAAUCCGAAAGGAAUUUGGAAACAUGAAAAAUGCCUGUCUGUUAAGGAUGGUGCUAUUUGUUACAAGCCUACAAAAUCUAAAGAGCUGUCCCGACGUGCAGACUCAUCAAAAUGUCCAGUGGCCAAAAGGAAUGGUUCCCAGUGGAUCCAGUACGGGGAUCACUGUUACUCGGCGGAACAGGCAUUGUACAGCUUCUCCGAGGCCAAGCAAUUGUGUCAGGAACUUGAUCAUUCUGCAACUCUUGUCACGGUAGCAGAUGAAAGUGAGAAUAAAUUCGUGAGCAGGUUGAUGAGGGAGAAUUAUAAUAUAACUAUGAGAGUUUGGCUUGGACUAUCUCAGCAUUCACUCGAUCAGUCUUGGAAUUGGCUAGAUGGAUUAGAUGUGACAUUUGUCAAAUGGGAAAAUAAAAGCAACAACGAUGAUGGAAAAUGUAGCAUUUUAAUAGCUUCAAAUGAAACCUGGAAAAAAGUUGAAUGUUCACGUGGUUAUGCAAGAGUUGUCUGCAAAGUUCCUCUGAGUCCGGAUUACAGAGGCAUAGCCAUCCUGUUUGCUGUGCUCAGCGCCUUAGCGCUCAUUAGCGGACUCAUUUGGUUCCUUGUGCAAAGAACUCAUUUCCGCUGGACAGGUUUGUCCACUGUUCGCUAUGAACAUGGAGCCAAUGAAGACGAGGUGAUGCUCCCUUCGUUCCACGACUAACUUCUUCCACGAGUUUGUUCACUGGCACCAAUGUUCCAGAAGAAAGAUGGGCCACUCAACAUUGUCCGGCAAUCAGUGCUUAGGGCCACUUUUAGUUGGCGAGUUGCUCUGCUGAGGCGCCACGAUUCUGUAACUCGCUAACCGCCAUGCUAAUUCCUCCAGUUACCAGAGCAGAGAGGACUUGGAGCCAAAUGGACAUUCAGAUUGUUUACAGGGGGAUAAAUGUAACUAAUGUGAAUUUCCUCCGUAAGAAUGCCAUUGCUAAAUAGAUAUGUGCAUGUCUUAAUAGCGUUUUAACAGCUUCACAGAAAACUAAAACUUUCAAUAUUACUAAGUUCCACAUAGACCUUUUUAGUUUACAUGCCCAUCGCGCCAAAUGCAAACUUAGUACUUCAGGCACAAACAACUACAAAUAAGAUCAACGAUGUUUCAAAGUAGCCUUUUAUGGCACUGGGGAAAAAUACUUAGUAAGGUAUACUUUUUGCACAGAAAAUGGAACCUCUUGGAAGAUGUGUCUUGUGUCUUAUAUUAUUUCAAAGAUAUUUAUACACAAUAUUAAUUAGUUGUAACAUUUUCUGUUUAUAUAUAAUUAUUCAUAUUCAGUGGAGAUUUUUUUUUGAGAAAACAGAGUUUAAUGUGGGAUGUUACUGUUAAAUUGACUAGGCAUGCUGUAUCAGCAUGUGUUUGAUGACUUUCUUUUUUACAAGCACCCAACUACAGAUGCGAUUCAAACAUUUACAGUUUAUAUAUUUCACACAGCACAUCAACUUUUGAUGAAUGUGUUAUUUUGUUGCAAAAACAUACAAGCAAUCUUUGAAAGGUGGUGUUUGCUAACUUUGUAUUUGUAAAAUGACAGCUACUAUGAUGUGCAACUUGAAACUUUGUGAUUAAUAUGGAAAUAUUUAAAAACCCAAAUGACUAGGGGAACAUUAUUUUGUGGCUGUAUUUUCCACUUUAAGACCUGGAAUAUAUUCUUACAAGCCGUGUCCACUAAAUAGGGUGACUGUUUUAUUCAGUGUUUAAUUCAUAUUUAUACUUUAGAAUAUUUUUUUACAAGAUCCAGAUUUAUUUUGUUUGAGGUGUUUAUACUAUCAUAAAGUUGUAAAUAAUUUUCUAAGACUGUUUUAAUAUGGUCUAUAAAUGUCCUAAAUAUUUUUAUUGGGGCGCCUUUUAAAGGAUCAUUAAGAGUCUCUUCAAAGAACUAAACCAAUGCAAUGUGACUACAGGCCUUGCCAAGGCUGAUGCCAGGGUAAAGUUGUCUUGCCUUUUAAAAGUGUUGGAGUUGAUCCUUGUGUGCAACGCAUCUCUGAAUUGAUUGUAUACCAUGUCUCGGACAAUGAGAAUGUGUCCUGCUAUUACAAGUUGAGGUACUGAAGA